UUGAUCCGCUCCUAUAAAAUGCAGGGAUGGCAGAGACUCGGUGUGGAAAUGCUUCUUCUGCAGUGAGCCGCCAAACCAUCUACACUCACCUUCUCCUUACAGUUCACCCUCAGCACCUUCACCUUCACUCAGCCAUGGGAGUUGCCUACAGCGUUGGAGAGGUUGACCACCUCUACACAUUCUUUGUGCAGUGGUCACCAGAAAUCUACACCAAAGACAAAAAGAAGCCAUGCAAGCCCCACUACCUGAUUAGAGAGAAACAUCAGAAGCGCUAUCUGGUAGUGGAGAAGGAUGUGGCUGUGAUCAACAAACUGCUCCACAAUCCCGUAAACCCCUCUGCUAAAAACUGGGAGAUCAUCACAGUGAAGGACUCCAAGCGCCGCCUGAGCCUGUGUAGUUCAGAGGACUCUGAGGCGGAGGAGCCGGAGUACCAGGAAGAGGUUGACGAUGUCCUCCCUGUCCUGAGUGACCAAAGCCAGCUCCUUGAUGACCACCAUCUAGAGAAACUUGCUGCUCACAUGCCCGCAAGAACCCAGGGCUAUCCCUGGCAACUGGUCUACAGCACGGCCAUCCACGGGAGCAGCCUGAAGACCCUGUACAGGAACAUGGCUGAGCUGGACAGCCCUGUGCUGCUGGUCAUCAAAGACAUGCACAAAAAGAUGUUUGGGGCAUUUUGUUCUGAUCCAUUCAAAGUCAGUAAAUACUGCUACGGCACAGGAGAAACCUUCCUGUUCAGCUUCAACCCUGACUUCCAGGCAUACAGGUGGAGCGGAGAAAACUCCUACUUUGCAAGCGGCACCCUGGAUUCUCUGCAGAUUGGUGGAGGAGGGGGUAACUUUGGCCUGUGGCUGGAUGCUGAUCUGUACCAUGGUGCCAGCUUUUCCUGUCCCACCUUCCACAACGCGCCGCUGUCCACGCACGAAGACUUCAUCGUACAAGACCUCGAAGUCUGGACUGUGCGGUACUGACUGUGAACGUCUGAAAAGAUGAGACAGAACAGUAGAACCUGCUGUUCUGUCUAAAUGUUUCUAAACGUCAGAGGAAUAUGCGUCGUAGUAGCCACUACUGUACAUAUCCCGACUGAGCAGUUGCUGUCACCCGUGCACUUGGCUCAGAUUGCCUCACGCACAUUGUGAAGCCCGUUGGAGUGGUUCUGCUAAGGACCGGUGGCAAGGCGAAGUCCUGCUGCUUUAAACUACUGGCUGUUCAUCAGCAGCUCUGCUCUAAGCCCAGUAAGUUACUGGCAACUGAAGAUUUAAGCCCUCCGUGCCCUAUUUUGAUUCUGGAGAGCAUUAGAAUACAAAGUUCACACACUGCAGAAUGAAAUGUUUGCGACGACUGUGACACAACUGUGUGCGCACAUAAAGAAAAAAUAGUUUUCUUAUGUUCAACAGACAGGCAUAUUUAUAAAGAGUAUGACUUUUGUGUGUUUACAGUAGGCCUCCGUAUGUGAAUGUGUUCUCAAGUUAAAUUACUUAUGUCACGGUAAAAAAACACUGUAAUAUGAUGGGACCCGAAACCACCCAUCAGAACUCUUACUGUACAUGAGGUUUGAUUUUGAUGUUCUACAUUUGAAAACAAUUGAAACACACCAGCAGAUGUAGACCUCACCAGUGAGUCAACUAGUUACACAUACUGAGAAGUGUGCUGGUUGCAGAGGAAGCAACCUCAGUGGGUACCGGGCACUUCUUUUGUUAUUUGCCGCAUGCCCAUCUGGUUGGAAUGGAUCAUAUUUUCUUGUUUUUUUUGUUUUUUUUUUAUUUACAUAUUUAAGUACAUCUCUAAAGAAAAUGUAAAUAUGAAACCAAAGCAAAUUUCCAUCUUUGACUGUGUGUAAAUAUGAUUCUGCCACGCGGCGCUGGCGCUGCCAUUGUUGGAAAAAACAAGAACAAAACAUUAAAAGUUUGUCUUUUCUGUUCAAAA